ACUGGGGACUGGGGGCCGGCUCCCGCCCCAACCGCCCUGUCGCCGCACGGCCAGCAGAUGGCGCUGCAAGCCAGGUCCUGGCGCCUGGAAGGCGGAAGCGCGGCGUGGCGCGAGCAGCUGGGCUGAGGCGCGGAGACCCGGUGGGGCGCGCCCCCUCCGCGCUGCCGCCUUGCGCCCCUUCUCGAGCAGGGUGCCGCCGGGGCGAAGGGAGAGGGCCCCGCGGAGGCCCGCGGGACGACCAGCCCCGAGCCCGGCGUUACCCGGACCGACCCCCAGGGAACAUGGGCGUUCUCAGGGCCGGGCUGUGCCCGGGCCUCACGCAGGACACAGUCCAGCUUCUGAAGAGCCGCGGGAUCAAGACAGUGGUGGACCUGGUUUCUGCAGACCUGGAGGAUGUAGCCCAGAAGUGUGGCUUGUCUUACAAGGCCCUGGUUGCCCUGAGAAGGGUGCUGCUGGCUCAGUUCUCAGCUUUCCCCUUCAAUGGCGCUGAUCUGUACGAGGAACUAAAGACCUCCACAGCCAUCCUGUCCACUGGCAUCGGAAGCCUAGACAAACUGCUUGAUGCUGGUCUCUACACUGGAGAAGUGACUGAAAUUGUAGGAGGCCCAGGUAGCGGCAAAACCCAGGUAUGUCUUUGUGUGGCUGCAAAUGUGGCCUAUAGCUUGCAGCAGAAUGUUGUAUACGUUGAUUCCAAUGGAGGACUGACAGCCUCCCGCCUCCUCCAGCUGCUUCAGGCUAGAACCCCAGAUGAGGAGGAGCAGGCAGGAGCUCUCCAGAGGAUCCAGGUGGUUCGUGCGUUUGACAUCUUCCAGAUGUUGGACGUGUUGCAGGACCUCCGAGGCGCUAUGUCCCAGCAGGUGAGCAGUGCCUCAGCGACUGUGAAGGUGGUGGUUGUGGACUCGGUCACUGCCGUGGUCUCCCCACUUCUGGGAGGUCAGCAGAGGGAAGGUUUGGCCUUGAUGAUGCAGAUGGCUCGAGAGCUGAAGACCCUGGCCCGGGACGUUGGCGUGGCGGUAAUGGUGACCAAUCACAUGACCCGAGACAGGGACAGUGGGAAGCUCAAACCUGCCCUUGGACGCUCCUGGAGCUUUGUACCCAGCACCCGGAUUCUCCUGGACAUUGAGGAAGGGGCAGGGAUGUCAGGCAGUUGGCGCAGGGCCUAUCUGACCAAAUCUCCCCGUCUGCCAACAGGUUUCCAGGAGAUGGUAGACAUUGGAACCUGGGGGACUCCAGAGCAGAGCCCCACGUCACAGGGAGAUCAGAUGUGACUGUUCUACUGAUUGGGAAAGGGAGGGCCAUCAUGGGCCCCCCAACUCUGUGCACAGUAACACCUGCUGUUCACUGCCAUCCAGCGCUUGGGAUUCCAGUCGAAGCUCUUGGGCUGGACAGAAGAGGCAUCUCUGUUUCCGCAGCCUCUCUUUCUGUGGAAACAGAGCUACAGGCGAGAGAGGUGCUGUGGUGGAAGGACCCAGAAAUCCAUGCCGGUGCCAAGUUUUCUUCCUUGUUUCUAUCAUGUAUGUUUCCAGUGGGAGCUGAGUUCACCCUGGCUUAGGGCAUUUCUGAAGAGGCAUGCUAGUAACUGAGCAGAACCCUUUGUGUCAUUGUUGUGCCUGCACUCCAUCCUUACACAGUGACUGAGCCAUGAAGCCUCCGGCUUGCCCCCGC